GUUGCUGGCGAUGAGGUUGAUUACUUGGUGAAAUGUAUUAUAGCAAACCCUAACAAUCAUAUUAUAAAACUAGUACCAAUUCCGGAUUCAGAUUAUUUAAUUAUAAUAAAACACAUAUUGUGUGAAAAAUUCAAAGAUAUUUGGUUAGAAAUAGUUCAGUCAAAAGGAAAAUGGUAUGCUGAAAUUAAAGAUAAAACUUCUUCACCUUGGUUCAUUAAAGGGAAUUCUUAUCUUGAUAGGAAGUUUUAUACAACUAUAUAUAUGUCGCUUGAGAUUAGGUCAUUGCCGCUUCAAUGCUCAUUUCUUUCGAAUCAACGAUUUGUCUUCUCCAGUUUGUAAUUACUGCAAUAGUUCCUUGUUCACAUUUUCUUUAGUUGUUCUGCUUUGUCACUGGGCUAAACUUUCCUUUUUGUUCCGUCGAUUUGGAAGUUCACAAUAUUGUUAUAGAUAGUACUCAUUGUUUAGAGCAAUUCUAAACAUGAAGUUUUUAUUACUAUUUUUGGAAUUUUUAAAUAGAAUAAUUAUUUUGACAACACAGUCAUUGUAAAUCAAUCAACAAUUCAGGUCGUACGUGCACGCGUUGUAACUAUAUUAAAAUAAAAAGAAAAAAUCUUCUCUCUAAAUAUAUCAAAUUAUUGAAGCGACCAGCACAAAAAUACAGUCCACGCUCUACGCAUUGGUCCAUCUACCCCUUAGUAAAGAUUUGGAAGAAGGUAAGAUCUAAAAGUGCAACUACGUGCAUCAUUAUUUCCCGAAGGCCGCGGGAGGACGACCUGCGAAAAAUCAGCAUAAUUAGUCUGCUACACUCUGCAUAAGCUGCAUAAGCCAGAGACCCAGAACUCAAUUGCUGCGAAAAGUACUUCUGCAUUCGGAGCAGCGUGGAUCAUCUUCCGACGAAUCAUGCAAAAGGUGACUUCGUUUUACUUGAUGUUUCAACAAAAUAAUAUCUACCCUCAAGCUUAUAUCAGAAGUGUCGGACUCAUCUCCACUACAGUCAUCAAAUAAUUCGGCCAACAAUAUGAUGUUUGAACAAAUGUCAUUAUUUUCAUCUGGGAUGGAAGCCAUGUUACAAAGAAUCACUGAAAGUAUGUCAGUUCAUCGACCUAGCCAGAGCUCACCAACCAGAUUGGUCAAUUUUGACCCGGAUGAACCGGAGGCUGAUGUUGUAAGUUGGUGUACGCUGAGCGAAAUGAUCAUCGAACAGAAGAAAUUGGAUGGUGUAGAUUUAAUUUUGACUCUCACACAUUCGCUUAAGGCUCGAGCUGCUACUUGCCUCACAAAAAUACAGCCUGCAAAACCUGAACAACCUCCUCAUCCGUGGGCGCCCGGCUCUCGCCUGCAAGUCAGCUGUUACGUGUGCGGUGAUGCGAGCCAUGUAGCUUCUGGGUGUUCCAUGCGCUACAAGAAGAAAAACGUCACUGCUCCAGGUGCUGUGGCAGGUCCAACCAGAGACGUCAACGUGUGUUCUAGAGCUUCAGUGUGUUACAGAUAAGUGGUUUUGGCUUCCCCUUUAUGUUCCAUUCAGGGUCAGAAUGUAGUCUUAUAAAACAAAGCCAUAGUAAUUUAUUCAAUGGUAAACGGUUUCAUGAACAAGUCACUCUUUGAUCUGAAAGUAACUUGGACCAAUCAUGGCAAGAGCAGUAAGGGGAUAUUCAACUCUCCCUUAAUAGUACACGUUGUCGAGUAACAGGCUUUACUCUAAUAGAAUAGAUGUUUGCCCUUCAGGGUAGUUCACUUGAAAUAUCGAAAGUUUCAAGAAUGAUAAUCCCUCUAGAUUAGUUAUUUAUUUAGCACGGUCGAAGGCCUGCGAAAACAUAAAAAAGGGCACAAACAGAAGCUUGGUUUAGUCGAGGCAAAGCUAAAGUCAAACUCUUUUCCGCUGGGGAUUUUGUUUUCAUAAAUUAGACCGAAAAUAUAAAGGUCCCUUCAACAUUAAUGCACCCCGAAUCCUGAUCACGCAGGAGCAAGUCACCGUCGUCGUCCUAGACACGUCCUU